CCCCUCGAGCCGCGUUCCAGCUCUCCAUCCGCCACACGUUCCUUGUUCCUUCCCUCCUGCUCCCCUCCUCUCCUCUCCUCCCCUCCUGGACGGACGCAAGCGCCGCUUCUUGGUGUUAGUUUCUUGGAAUUGCUUGUGUUCGUGGGCGUGGAAAGUGGAGCAAAAAAAAAAAAAAAAAAAAUCUGAUCUUUGGGCGUUGUGGAGCGACCUGGCGCUGCUGCAUUUUAUGAUCCAAGCACCUUUUGAAAGCUCCUGAAGAAUAACCAAGUUGGUCUUGCAAAGGUGGAUAGGGAUAGCUGGUCCAACAGGGCUGCCUUCAGAAGAUCAACCACGGCUCCAAGGAUAGGAUCCCGUACUACACGAAGGGGAAAACAAUGUGCCCAGCGGUUUCCUAAGUUUCUACUUGCAUCCCCUUCUUUUCACGGUGGUCGUGGUGCCCUCCCAUCUGCAGGGGGGCAUCCUUCUGAUUUGACCUAUCUUGCCGGCGGUGGUGCUGCUGAAGCUUGAAUUAGGAUUGUUAGCAUUGUAGAUAAUCAGUUAGUAUUACAUAUAUUAAUCAUCAUAAGUAUGGUGUCGGCUACUAAGGUAGAAGGAGAAUAUUCAUUUCUGAGCAAGAACUCUCCACUGGAUCAAUUUGAAGGUGUGAAGACACAUCUAUAUCGUUUCGGUACAGAACAACAUGGAAAUGAUAACAUUAGAAGCUUUGCAUGUGCUGACCAAGGCGGUCCAAGUUUGCUUGAUACAAUCAUUCUUUCUCAGUGGGAUGGUUCUGCUUGGAAGGGCCACUUGGACUACGAUGUUACUUCUUGCAAACUUAAGGUCAUUGAAGGUGGAAGAAAUUUUGUGGUUCAGCUGAACGAUAAGUGGAACUCAUUUUCCCUCAAGGGAUAUGACAAGUUCUUUGAAUUGUUCGGAUGCUUGAAGCCUAAUUGUAUGAAGAGUUAUGAGGGAUUGCUUUUGUGCGUUGCACAAGGAGAAAAGGAUAGACCUGAGGUUGUUCCUUCGACGUCACCACCGAAGGAUGGACUACUGUUGAUUGCAAAUGCAUAUCCUGUUGAAUACGGUCACAUCUUCUUGGUCUCAAGUGCCAUCAAUCAGCUAUCUUGCUCUUGGGACAAAAGGAUGUUUGGACUGGCUACAAAGAUUGCCUCUGAAGUAAAUAAUGCAGCCUUUAGGGUUUUCUUUGACAAUGGCACAUCUGUAGUGCCAGACCGCAUGUUUUUCCAGGCUUGUUACUUUGCGAACCCUUUACCAGUGGAGUCUGCCUCAACUGUCACGAUAUAUGAUGGAAAGGCCAGAUCAGGCAUUAUUGUGUCUGAAAUAGUUGAUUACCCCUUGAAAGCUCUCGUGUUCACCAGCAACAACAUCAAAGCACUUGUCAAUGUUGUCAGUGAGAUAUCUUUUUCUUUGCAUGACAACUCUACUGCAUACAGCCUGCUGAUUUCCAACAAUGGCACAAAGGUUUUUGUGUUUCCACAGGUUAAAAAUCUGGUUACUGGCUACUCUCUGUCUGCCUGGGAGUGUGGCGGCUACUUUGUUUACCACACCAAGUUUGAUUUUGAUAAAGCUUCUGAGACCGAAAUUUCCAACAAAAUGACCUCAGUAUCACUCCAAGAUGGCGCCUUUGAAGAUCUGAAGCAUCUUUGUUGCGCUACUGUCGAUGAUCUUGUUAUGUAAGCUCAUGCAAAAUGAAUCUGCAGUGAUGAACAGUAUCUGUAAACCGCUUCACAUGUUAAGUUUAGCAGUUUAUGUCUAUAUACACACUGUGAAAACUAUGUCUGAACAUUCGGAUUGAUCAACAAAGCUUGCUGUUUCCGACC